AUGGGCCCUCCAAAGAUUCCCCCUGAGCAUGUCUAUUGCGUCCAAGCUGGAAAGAAGCACUAUGACCUCUUCACCACCAUAUAUGUUGGCGCGAACUAUUGCGGCCGUUGCGGCUUGGUCAAUCCCUUUCGGCCCCAGCGUCGAGCCAGGUCAAAAACUCCAGCACUUCCUGGCCCAUAUGAUGAGGUGGUGGAGCUCGAGGACUCUCCGCCACGGCCUGUGAGUCCAGCAAGUCAGCUGAUGCGUGACAGACCGAAACCAGUGUCAUCCAUCGGCAUUGAACGUGCCGCCCAACUACUCCCCAACGAACUUUCUGCCCCUGGCACGGUGAAUACACGGGCACGCAUACCGACGUCGAGCAAUUCUCAGUUCAUGACUGUCGCUUCAGCGGCCAGUCGAGCCAUUCAGAACUCCAAAGGCAGCACCAGAAAGCCUGCGAGGCAACGAACUGGCUACCAAUGGGUCCAUAUAAGUCUUCUGCUUGUGAGCUUGGAGACCAAGUACUUCAAUGGGCUUGCAGUGGAGGUCCCAGAGACGGUGCUGCCUUUGAAGGAUACGGUGAUCAAGUUUUCCUCGGCGGAUCUUCUGACUUGGCCCUCGUUCACUGAGAUUUUAAUCGAUCACCUCCGUCCGCUUCCGCCCUCAAUCGAUCCUACGAACAAGGAUCUCUGGAGCCUUUCUUACGCUUCGACGGUCUCUGGCAAGAAGAUCGUUACCGUUCCAAAUACCGACAAGUACACGACACCGUCGAGCAUGCUCGCUUCGGGGCACUUUUCGAACAACCAAGCUGGGCAGUUAAAGGUGCUAGUCGUCCUGACAUCCACGGAUGUAGUCGAUAAGCAGGAGCCGGCCACACCGCUGAGGCCAGAUGAGUAUUCAACGCCAGCCAAGGAAGACAAGAAGCGGAAGGUCAAGCAAGAGGACACAAGUCCAUACUCCGGGCGCAAGAAGCGUAUCAAGCAAGAGGCGCAGGUCAAGGAAGAGAGGGGCACUGUGGAGACGGAUCAGGUCGAGCAGGAGAUACACGUCAAGAUCAAGCAGGAAACGCCUGUUCCGGCUUCCUCCUUCCAGAGCCCAACACAGGACGAGCUUGGAGAUACUGCUAAAGAUACCGUUGGACAUAGGGAUAUGGCAGAUCUUAGUGAAGUAGAAGAUCCACCCUGCGAUCUAGGGUUUGACAGUCUGCCUGAUGGGAAAGGAGGGGAGGGCGUGUUCGACGACGAAGAUGAAGUGGAUGAAGAAUAUUGUGAGGAAGAGACAAGUUUUGUUCCAGAGUUCGUAAACCCGGAAUUGAUUCGUCGAACCGUGGGGGAAACUCAAGCACAACUAUUCGACACUGAUACUGCUAGAGCCCUUCCACCGGCCCACUCUACACGCUUCAAAGGCACUAAAAUCCCCACAACGUUUGCCGUUCGCUAUGGGAGAAGGAAGGAUUGA